GGGCCGUGCCCGCGGGCACCGCGCCCCCGUGCCAGCCAUGACCAGCCUGUUCCGGCGGAGCAGCGGCGGCGCCCGCGGAGCCUCCGCGCAGGAGCUCAACAACAGCCGCCCCAGCAGGCAGGUCCGGCGCCUGGAGUUCAACCAGGCCAUGGAGGACUUCAAGACCAUGUUCCCCAGCAUGGACUACGACAUCAUCGAGUGCGUGCUGCGGGCCAACAACGGCGCCGUGGACGCCACCAUCGACCAGCUGCUGCAGAUGAACCUGGAGGGCAGCGGCGGCGACGACAGCUCGGACUCUGAGGACAGCAUCCCCCCGGAGAUCCUGGAGCGGACCCUGGAGCCAGACAGCUCGGAUGAGGAGCCCCCUCCUGUCUACUCCCCUCCUGCCUACGAGAGCCAGGCCCUGGGCAGCUGCUGCCCCCGUGCGCCGCCCACCCCCCCGCCCAGGACGGACGUGCCGGGGCCUGGCAGCACCCCAGGGCGCAGGCGCUACAGGAACUGGAACCCACCGCUCCUGGGCAACCUCCCCGAGGACUUCCUGCGCAUCCUGCCCCAGCAGACCCCGGGCACACCGGGCUCCCGCAGCUGCCGGCAGGGGGCGCCACAGGGGCUGCCCGCACGGGGCCAGGGCUGCCUGGAGCAGGAGCGGCGCUGGAAGCAGUACCUGGAGGACGAGCGGAUCGCACUCUGCCUGCAGAACGAGGAGUUCAUGAAGGAGCUCCAGAGGAACAGGGACUUCCUCCUUGCCCUGGAGAGAGAUCGAUUGAAAUACGAGUCCAAACAAUCCAAGUCGAGCAGUGCUGCUGCCAGCAACGACCUGGGCUGCUCCCUGCCCGCAGGUGAGGCAGUGCCCUCUGGCAGCAGCGAGGCCUGCGGUGCUGUGUCUGACGAUGCCUUAUUCAGAGACAAACUGAAGCACAUGGGGAAAUCCACGCGCAAGAAGCUGUUCGAGCUCGCCAGAGCCUUCUCCGAGAAGACCAAGAUGAGGAAACCCAAACGGAAACACCUGCUGAAGCACCAGCUGAUGGGGACAGCAGCGUCCACAGCAAAUCUUCUCGAUGAUGUGGAAGGACAUUCAUGUGAUGAAGACUUCCAAGCGCGGAGGCAGCAGCUCCGGGAGGAGGAGAUGCCAAAGGAAGGGCAGUAAAUGGGCCCAGCGCUGGGGUGUGGUGCUGGCACAGGACCUGCUCAAGGCUCCACAGGAAGAUGGCUGAAAGAGGAGAAGAAAACCACCUGACAAUAACCCAGAGGUCUGGCUGCUCCCCUCGGCUGCUGCGCUCCUGCAGUGCAAGGGCUGAAGUGAGGCACCAGGGCUGCCUACCAGCGGCUUGGAAACAACUUCUGGAGAGCACAUCAGCCAAAAAGGAAAGCAAACCAAAAGGAAUAAAUAACAAUAACAGAAGCUGGCAGCUGCUGUGGAGGAGCUGCUGUGGAGGAGCUGCUGUGGAGGAGCUGCUGUGGAGGAGCUGCUGGGGAGGAGCUGCUGUGGAGGAGCUGCUGGGGAGGAGCUGCUGUGGAGGAGCUCAGACUGGGGAGGAGCAGCGUCCAGCCUGCUCGCUUGGUCCGAGGAGCAGUGCAAGGAGGAGUGGAAAUCAGUUGUGCUGAGGAAGUGUCCAGCUGUGGGGUCUGCUUGGCUCCUGGGCAUAUCCCUGUAGGAUCUGAUGGAACUUUGCUCUGUGCACACAGGACACAAACCAACCACCUGAGAGAGAGCCUAACAGCUGCUGUCUGCUGUUGCUAGGAGUGAGGAGCAGAGGCUCAGGUCAGGUAAUAGA